AAAACAAUCGAAUCCACAAAUCAAGGUUAUCAUAUCAUAUUCAUAUCGCUAAAAAUGUGUGAUGAUGAGGUUGAUAUUGAGUUUGAAAAUGAGGUUGAGGCACCAAAAUCACCCCUUAGCCAAAUAUAUCUCCGGCUGUACAGGCCGACAUCAGAGCAAAUAAUCAACUGCGCCAUGGGCGUAAGGGACUCAAUCGAUGUGGAAAGCGUUAAGAACGCGAUCUCAAACUCUAUUAUGAUCAAACACCCAAGGUUUCGUAGCCUCGUAGUAAGAGAUCAUAGUAGUGGUAGAGAUCAUUGGAAAAGAACUCAAGUUAACAUUGAUGAUCACAUCAUUGUUCAUCAAACCACAAUAAGCGAAGAAGAUGAUGAUGAUGCUGCUGCUGAUGAUAAUAAUGAUGAUGAUGAUGAUGAUGAUGAUGCUGAUGUUGAUGAUUAUGAUGAUGAUGAUGAGAAAGAAGCCGCAAUCAAUUCAUUCUUAGCUGAUAUUUCAGUGUCAACACCACUAAGCGAAAACAAGCCUUUGUGGGAAGUACAUGUAUUGAUGGACUUGAAAUGUGUAGUGUUAAGGGUUCACCAUGCAAUUGGAGAUGGGGUUUCCUUAAUGUCUAUGCUUUCGGCUUGUUUUGGUAAAACCCAAACUACACUUGAAGUCGAAGAUGAACCUACACAUGAGAGAACAAGGAAUAUAUAUAUAUGGGCGUUAGUGAAAAGUAUUUGGUUUACAUUUGUGUUUCUUAUUAGGGUUUUGGGAAGGCUACUUUGGGUCAAAGACCAAGUUAGUGUCAUAACUGGAGGUCAUGGGGUCCAACUUUUGCCUAGGAAACUCACUACCGCCAAGUUUUUGCUUCAAGAUUUCAAAUCUAUCAAAUUCGCCAUCCCGAAAGUUACUUGUAACGAUGUGCUUUUAGGGGUCAUAGCGUCCGGGCUUUCCAAGUACCUAGAUAUCAAAUCAUCAAAUGGUCUGCAACAUGCCCUUCAACUCACUGCUAUCACACCAAUGAAUCUACGCAAACACUUUUGCUUACAGGAAACUUCAGAUUUGAUGAUGACGAGAUCAAAGCCUGGGUUAUGUGGUUGGGGAAACAAAUCGAGCGGACUACUUGUGCCAAUUAAUUGCUACAAGGGGCUUCAUCCUUUGGAGCAUGUAAGGGCAAUGAAGGCAAUUAUGGAAAAAAAGAAGCAAUCAUUUGAGGCUUACUUUACUUAUGGAGUUAUCAACUUUCUUGUUUCCUAUUUUGGCCCCAAGGUUGUUGGAUGGUGCAUUCACAGAUUGUUUAGUCAUACAACCUUGGCCAUCUCAAACAUUAUAGGUCCUUCGGAGGAGAUAAUGAUUGCUGAUAACCCUGUAACGUAUAUAAAUGUGAAUGUUUCAAGCCUACCCCAUGCGAUUACAAUGCAGAUGGUUAGCUAUGCAGGAAAGAUCAGUCUACAAGUGAUGGUGGCUAAAGAUGUCAUCCCCGACCCUGAAUUAUUAGUCAAGUGUUUCCAGGAUUCUUUUCUUGAAAUGAAGCAUUCAAAUUCCAUCAAAGUGAACCUAGUUUAGAUAUUUAAAACAUCCACUUUAUUAUGUGGAUGUCAACGACUCCAUCUGCCAUUUAUUUCUAAACUUUACGUUUGAUAUUAUGCACGUGAUUUAACGAUGAAUUAGUGUGGAUUGAGAUUCCUUUUUUUUUCUUAGACAAUGCAAAUUACGUUUAUUUAUUUAUUUAUUAUUAUUAUUUAUUAUUAUUAUUAUUUUUAUUAUUA